UGGAAAGGGUGAGUCACCAGGGCCAGGCACACCCUGCUUUACUUAAGGUCCCAGCAGCCAUACCCACCACCGCCACUGCCGUCCCGCUGUUCCAGCCAUGGCCGGGAGCUUCAACGUCCCCCACAGGACCUCGCUGCCCGAGGGCAUCCGAGUGGGCACCGUGCUGAGAAUUCGUGGUUUAGUCCCCGACAAGGCUGGCAGGUUCUAUGUGAACCUGCUGUGCAGUGAGGAACCGGGCAGUGAUGCCGCCCUGCAUUUCAACCCCCGCCUCGACGAGUCCACGGUGGUCUUCAACUCCCUGGAGCGCGGCACCUGGGGCGCAGAGGAGCGGGGCUCAGGCAUUCCCUUCCAGCGCGGGCAGCCCUUCGACGUGCUCCUCAUCGCCACUGAAGACGGCUUCAAGGCGGUGAUCGCAGACUCUGAAUACCACCACUUCCGGUACCGGAUUCCGCCAGGGCGCGUGCGCGCGUUGGAGGUGGGCGGGGACCUGCAGCUGGAGUUGGUGAAGAUCUUCUGAGCCUUCCCAGGAGGGCGGGCGGAGACCCGGCGCAGGGGUCUUGGAUGGAAUAAAGUCUUCAGUCGCUCGUC